CACGUGAGCUCGCAGCAUCACCACCUAGUUAACGGCAAUGUGAGUUAACGGGAAAGUUUACUCUGUGAGUUCAGCUGUGUGUCGGGACGGGGAUAGUUUUACCAGGCGUGUGUUUCCAGACUUCCAGAAGCAAUGCCAGCCUUUGGUGGAGCCGUGCCAUAAAGCAGAAGGAGAGCCUUUUGACCCAGCUGCUCCCCCAGUGACCACUGUGCUCCUCCUGUCUCGGGGAUAUCAUGGGACCCCUCCCCGUUCACGUCUCCCCACCCCUCCUCCUCCUCUCCCUGCUCCUGCUGGUCCACCUGUGCACUUCCUUGAGGCCACAGGUUGUGGAGCGAGCAUCUGGCCCUGAGCAGCCUCAGCCAAUGGGCAACUCUACCGGGUCUGCGAAGCGGACGUGUUCGGGCAUUGUGUUGUGUAGACCUGGUAUCCUGCUGCCAGUGUGGGAACCGCUCAACCCUCCACAGGGGGAGCGGGCAGGGAGGGCUGUCAUCUACUUCCUCAGUCUCAUGUACAUAUUCCUGGGUGUGUCCAUCAUUGCAGACCGCUUCAUGGCAUCCAUAGAAGUCAUCACCUCUCAGGAGAAGGAGGUGACCAUUACCAAACCAAAUGGUGAAACUACAGUAACUACAGUGCGAAUCUGGAAUGAGACUGUGUCCAACCUGACACUCAUGGCCCUGGGAUCCUCUGCACCUGAGAUCCUGCUUUCUGUUAUUGAGGUGUGUGGGCACAACUUUGAUGCAGGGGAGCUCGGCCCAGGCACCAUAGUGGGCAGUGCCGCCUUCAAUAUGUUUGUGAUAAUUGGCCUGUGUGUGUCCGUGAUCCCUGAUGGAGAGUCUCGAAAGAUCAAACACCUGCGUGUGUUUUUUAUUACGGCUUUCUGGAGUAUUUUUGCCUACGUUUGGCUCUACCUCAUACUGGCUGUCAUCUCACCUGGGAUUGUAGAGGUGUGGGAGGCCGUAGUGACGCUGCUUUACUUUCCGGUGUGUGUGAUCUUGGCUUGGAUCGCCGACCGCCGCCUGCUCUUCUACAAAUACAUGCACAAGCGUUACCGUGCGGACAAGCGGCAUGGCAUUGUGGUGGAAAUGGAAGGUGACCUUGCGCCCAAAGGCAUUGACUUGAUCAUGGAUGGAAAGUUGUCCGAUGGCGGUGCGCGUCCUGAAAACUCCUCCAGUGUGACCGUCUCUGUGCAGACAGGCAGUGAACUAGACCAGAACAAAGAUGAGGUGGUCCGCAUCCUUAAAGACCUGAAGGAGAAACAUCCAGACAAAGACCUGGACCAGCUGAUUGAGAUGGCCAACUACUCUGCCCUGGUCCAUCAGAAGAAGAGCCGCGCUUUCUACCGCGUCCAGGCGACACGCAUGAUGAUCGGUGCCGGUAACAUAUUAAAGAAACAUGCUGCUGAGCACUCACGCCGCUCAGGAGGCCAGGAGACUGACAAGGCCACAUGCUCACACAUUUGUUUCGAAAGUGCCCAGUACCAGUGCACCGAGAACUGUGGCUCUCUGAGCCUUGGGGUGAUCCUUGAUGGGGGCACAGGUCAGAACACUUUCUAUGUGGACUACUGUACAGAAAAUGGCUCUGCCAAUGCUGGGGCAGACUAUGAAUUCACUGAGGGAACCCUGGUGUUUAAGCCAGGGGAGACCCGCAAAGAGAUCAAGGUUGGUAUCUUGGAUGAUGACAUCUUUGAGGAGGAUGAGCAUUUCUUUGUGCGUCUUCAAAAACUGAGGUUAGAAGAAGGUGGAGAUGAGGGGACAGGAACUCCACCCAAGGGUAGACUAGUGGAGCCGCUGAUUGCCACCAUCACUAUCUUGGAUGAUGACCAUGCUGGUAUCUUCACCUUUGGUCAGCGGGUGCUGCGGGUGAGUGAGAGCACAGGCACGCUGACAGUGACAGUGGUGAGGAACUCAGGCUCCAGGGGCACUGUUGCUGUGCCAUAUCAUACAGAGGAUGGCAGUGCCAAGGCCGGAGUGGACUACGAGGAGACCAGAGGCGAGCUGGAAUUCACCAAUGAACAGACCAGUCAGACCUUACAAGUGCGCAUUGUAAAUGUGGAAGAAUAUGAGAAGCAGGAAAACUUCUUCAUUGUGCUCGAGGACCCCAAAUGGCUGAAGCGAGGACUCUCUGCAUUGCUGCUAAACCAAGGAAACCCCACCCCUGAGGAGGAAGAGGCCAGGAGGAUCUCUGAGAUGGGUAAACCCAUUCUCGGGGAGCACAGCAAGCUGGAGGUCAUCAUAGAGGAGUCCUGUGAGUUCAAGAACACUGUGGACAAACUCCUGAAGGACACAAAUCUGGCUGCAGUGAUUGGCACUCAUUCGUGGAGAGAGCAGUUCAUUGAAGCAGUGACAGUCAGUGCAGGUGAUGGAGAUGAAGAAGAGGGACAGGAGCAGCGAACGCCGAACUGCUUCGACUAUUUCAUGCACAUAUUGUGCAUUUUUUGGAAGGUUCUGUUUGCUUGUGUCCCGCCAACGGAGUAUUGGAAUGGCUGGGCAUGCUUCAUAGUGUCAAUCUCUGUCAUUGGUAUCUUAACAGCCAUUAUUGGAGACCUAGCCUCCCAUUUUGGCUGCACUGUAGGCCUGAGAGAUGCUGUCACUGCAGUGGUCUUUGUAGCACUGGGAACUUCACUUCCUGAUACCUUUGCCAGUAAAGUGGCUGCCACUCAGGAUCAGUAUGCUGAUGCAAGUGUGGGAAAUGUGACAGGAAGCAAUGCCGUUAAUGUGUUUCUGGGCAUUGGUGUAGCCUGGUCUGUGGCUGCUGUAUAUUGGAAAGUCAAAGGUAAGGUCUUCCGUGUGGACCCUGGCUCGCUGGCCUUCUCCGUCACACUCUUUACCAUUUUUGCCCUGUUCGCUAUGGGAGUGUUGAUGCUACGCCGGAGGCCGUCCAUAGGCGGUGAACUGGGAGGCCCUCGGAUCCCCAAAGUCCUCACAUCACUGCUUUUCUUUGGACUCUGGUUUCUCUACAUCCUCUUCUCCAGCUUGGAGGCCUAUUGCCAUAUACAAGGCUUCUGAGAGAGCACAGCUUUGGAGAGUAAGGACUGCUAAAUCACAAAUACACACAUGACCAGGUCAUUGACCUGGCCAGUACUAUUACAAUAACCACUGAAAAGACCUGUCACCACUUGACAACUGCUGCCAUGGUUCAUCAAAAUGUAUUCACACUACAGACUUGCACAUGCAUCACAUCCACCCCAGGACAGUUCCGGUCAGUAAAAUUGAUUGUGACUGAAUUACUCAUUUUCACAUUAGUGGACUAAAUAACAUGCAGUGACUAUUUGUGAUAAAGGAGAGCAAAUAGUCAGCAUGCACUCUGUGAAGUCACUGGAUUUUGCUUGGCACUGGUUGUGCUCGAUGGAUCAUAAUCUGGAUUUCAAUGUUGGUCUUGUUUCUUCUCUCACUUACAGAGGCUGGAUCUAUAGAUUAGACACUCAAACCUAGUAAGUAAAUAAGAAAAGUAAUGACAGCUUCUUUUACAGGGAUGAGCCAAUGUUAAGUGAUAAUACAUGACAAGCUGCUCUGAUAUAUGAAAAUCAUGCUUGAACACAGUGGAGUCUGAUAUUUUUGUGUAUCAGGACACCUCUGAGUGUAUCGUCAGGUUUACAUGCCCAUUUGUCACAGUCAAAAAAUGGCUGUGUUCAAACUGUCAUCAAGUUUGUUGUUUGUAAACAUGAACCUGAGCAUGAUUAACCCAUAAGUAAGUCUGUUUGACCAGUUACAGUUAAUUGGUAACAUAACUGUUGCUAGGGCUACCUCCAGUUUUUGUGCAACUUAUUUAGAACAAUGUUGAUGGGAACUAUUUGAGUUGUCCUGUUGUACGAUUUUGAAUGGAGCCCUGCCAGCCAAUCUGAAACAAAUAUCUUCUGUAGCCAUGGUAUGAAAAACUGAGCACAGUUUGGUUACACUCAACAGUUAGAUGAUAUAGAUAAGAUGUUGUGAAAUAUCUCUAACUGCUAAAUUGUGUUUCUGUGUUGAAUUAUGUGACUCAAGGCAUGUUUAGUGUAAUGUGCUGCACCUAUCUCACUGUGAUUAUUGAUAAUAGUAAUGAUCAGAAAUGCACUACAUGGACCCAGUAUUGAAAAUGUAUAAUUGAAGAAGAAUUACACAAUGAAUUUCUAAUAAGCUGUGGAAUGAAAAAAAAUGUACCCAGUAUCUGCCAUUUAGUGUGACUGUUUGAAAGUGAUGAUUCAUUCACCCCUGAAGUCUUAUCUGUUUAUUUAUCAAUGGCGUCAUUUAAUGUCUUUAUAAUUUAAUAUAUUUGAGCUGAUAUGAACGAAAAUAUAUUGUAAUUUAUUGUAAGUUGUCAAUUAUAUUGAAAUUUUAACCAAGUGUGUCUG